AUGUUUCACCGUCGAGCUGCCAAGGCUGGACUUGCGCUACUCGGAGGCUCGGCUGCGGCAAUUUAUGCGAUAGAUGUGACAAAUGAAAACCGGUUUAAAAAUGGCAUGAAACAAUAUUUCCGCACGGCACAUGCCGAUUUAUUAACGGAGCUGAACAAACGCCCUUCCGGUCAACUACCGACUAGGACAGACAUUGUCUCCAAACUGAAGCAAGAGGAGUUCGAUAUUUUGGUGGUCGGCGGCGGUGCAUCGGGUGCUGGUGUGGCCCUGGACGCCCAAACACGAGGUCUAAAAACGGCACUUGUCGAAUUUGAUGAUUUCUCCUCGGGUACUUCUUCGCGCAGUACUAAACUCAUCCAUGGUGGUGUCCGCUACCUCCAGGCAGCCAUUUUCGGCCUGGAUAUUGAGCAAUACAAAAUGGUCAAAGAAGCAUUGUUCGAACGGGCCAAUCUACUCGAAAUUGCCCCUCAUCUGAGUUGCCCUCUACCUAUUAUGCUUCCCAUCUACAGCUGGUGGCAAGUUCCUUACUACUGGUUCGGCAUCAAGGCGUACGAUUUUGUCUCUGGAAAACGUGUACUGAAGAACUCUUUUUAUAUCGAUAAGGAGAAGGCUAUGGAAAGGUUUCCGAUGUUGAAAAAGGAUAACCUUCGUGGAGCAUUGAUCUAUUAUGACGGGCAGCACAACGACGCCCGCAUGAACCUGGCUAUCGUUUUAACCGCUAUUCGCCACGGAGCAAAGUGUGCUAACCAUACGAAGGUGGAACGACUUCUGAAAGACGAGAACGGGAAAGUAUGUGGAGCUCGAGUGAGGGAUAUGAUCAAGGGUGAAGAAUAUGAUAUCAAGGCGAAAUCUGUCGUCAACGCAACGGGCCCAUUCACUGAUACCAUUCGUAAAAUGGCCGACCCGACAACAGAACCGAUUUGUGCUCCGUCCGCUGGUGUGCAUAUCGUGUUGCCCGGAUAUUACAGCCCCUCGAAUACCGGCUUGCUCGACCCGGCCACCUCGGAUGGACGUGUGAUUUUCUUCUUGCCAUGGGAAAGGAUGACGAUUGCCGGCACCACCGAUGCCGCCUCCGAACUGACGCAUUCUCCGGCACCGAAGGACCAGGAUAUCGAAUUUAUCCUGAAUGAAAUUCGCGGCUACCUUAGCCAAGAUGUCACUGUUCGUCGUGGUGAUGUAAUGUCGGCCUGGGCAGGCCUUCGUCCUCUCGUCAAGGAUCCGAACAAGAAGAACACCGCCAGCUUGGCCAGAAACCACAUUAUUGAGGUGUCCGAAUCCGGGCUCAUCACCAUUGCCGGCGGCAAAUGGACGACCUAUCGGCACAUGGCUGAAGAGACAGUCGAUGCGGCAAUUAAGGCACAUGGAUUGAAGCCCGUCAACGGAUGUAUGACGCCCGGUUUGAAGCUUGAAGGAGGCCACGAUUGGGAUCCGCUGCUUUACAUUCAUAUCGUGCAAGAUUACGGGAUGGAGGUUGAUAUUGCACAGCACUUGGCCAACACCUACGGUGAUCGCGCAUUCGUGGUGGCCCGUAUGUGCAAGAUGACCGGAAAGCGGUGGCCAAUCGUCGGAAACAAGCUGCACGACGAGUUCCCGUAUCUCGACGCCGAAGUGCGAUAUGCUGUGCGCGAAUAUGCUGCGACGGCCGUCGAUGUGAUUGCCCGCCGGUUGCGCAUCGCCUUCCUCAACACGUACGCUGCCCACGAGGUGCUCCCAGAGGUCGUCCGGAUUAUGGCUGAGGAGCUCGGUUGGAAUUCUUCCGAACAACGCCGACAGCUCGAGAUUGCCCGCGAAUUUAUCGAUCGCGAAAUGGGCCAGGAAGCAAGGGCACAGGCUGUUUCAAACGUUGCCCUGAACCUGACGCGCGAAGAGAUGCAGCAGGCCAAGGAGCGCUUCAACCAGCUUGACAAGGACCGAAAGGGCCACAUCACCGUCAACGACUUGCGCAGACACUUUAGGCAAAGAAAUCAGAAGAUUGAUGAACGUUUGUUGCACGAACUCUUGAACGAAGUCGACCUGAACAAGAAUGGCGAGUUGGAAAUUGCCGAGUUCUUCCAGCUCUAUUCCGGUCUGAAGGGCGGUCAAGUUGUGCAGAAUCGUCUGGUGCGCUACUUGGAUGAGGCCAGCCUGGAAGUCCCGGUGCAUAGGUCCGGCGGAGGUGUC